GCGGCGGCAAUGUCGUCGUUGCAGUUAAGCCCUCCCAAAAUUGGAAGCCAAAAUCUUGGCAAACAAGAAGAAAUGCUGCAACGCACCACCCUUGUCCACAGUGCCAACCAACCCAUGAUAAACCUGCAAAAUUUCGUCUUGACACUCGCCCAAGCUCGUCCAAUACCUCCCUCCGCCGAAACCCUCAUUCGGGAUCGCCUUCACCGCUUUAUUUCCGACUACAAAACCCCCGACCACCCAACCUACUCUCAUAUGAUAGAAAAUGCUCUUGGUGUAUUGAAUGAGAAAGGAGGCUCCUCCCAGAAAUCUAUAUCCCAAUAUAUUGAGAAAAACUACGAUAAUCUGCCUUGGGCGCAUGCCGGUUUGCUGAAGCAUCAUCUGCAGAGGGCUUGUCAAGAAGGCCAGGUUAUAAGAAGUCGCAAAAACAAAUAUCGGCUUGCUAGGGAUGUGGAUUCGGGUACAAAAGUCAGCAAGAAACCACGACAGACGAAUUGGAAAUGGGAGUGUGAGGCAGAGAAGCCCCAACAGCUUAAGAUUAGAUUGGUCAAGAAAAGAAAUGACAAGAGCGAAGCAGUCAAGGAAUGUGAUGAGAAAGAAGAAGCUUUAACAGAAAACAGGGAGGAUCAGACGAAAAGUUGGCUAUCUUGUGUUGAUGGAGAAAAAAGUUUCCAUACCAAUUCUCCUUCCGUUUUGCAAGAUGACAUGAUUGCUGCCGCUGAUGAAAAGAAAUGCUCUGAGGAGGAAGACGGGCCUUGCUCAGUUGCAGAAGCCGACAUUCAUACACCAGAGCAUCGAGUUGACCAUGAGCCCAAGCCUUCCACUCCUGAAAGGCCUCCGGGUUUUGAUUCGCUUGGAGUUGAGAAUGUACAUGAGUCAGAUGUUGUGGAUGUCAUCAAAGGCCAAGAAGAAUCUGAGGCGCCUGCAGUGCUUCAGACUGAGCCAGAUAUGAUGACUAUAGAUUCUUCGGAGUAUGCAUUGUCGAUUGAACAAGAACCUCAAGAACAGCCCCCGUUGCCAAAAGAAGAGAUUUUGCAAGCGAAGCAACUACGAAGGAGUCUGAGAACUCGCCCUGCCAGACCCCAAGUUGCUCGAGAUAUAGCUGCAUUGCUGCCAGUAGAUUGUCCUAAAGGGCGUCCAGUAACAGUCCGCAGGCAUCAAAGGAUGUCGUUGAAGCAAAGCCCUAGGAGCUGGCCACCCACGAAAGCAACCUCUGUGGACAAACUUCAGGAUUCUCCCGAAUCUCAAAACGAAAUAAUGCCGCGGCUACUCAAACAAAAUCCUGUAAAGUAUGUGGAUGACUGCAGAGAAGAAGAGUUCAAGCAAACGGGAUCCACCCAUGUGCCUAAACGUCAUCUGCACAAAGCGCUAAAAGAACAACAGCUUGGAAGACCACCAGCACGUCGUUCUGCUAGGCUCCUGAACCAAAAAUGACGCAUCCUCAUCAUAUUCAAUGCGCUUACUUGAAUUUGGAUGAGCAGAGUCUCAGCAUUCCACUCAAAGCCCCAAACGUCGAAGCCAUUGGAGACCUGCUAGGGUCGAAUGCAACCUUAAUUCUAGCCAGCUUAGGUGACUGGAGGAGGCUUCAAAAGACUGAUUUUCAGUUCAACCUAGGUCUUUAUUUGAUGACUUAUUUGUUUAUUUAUUUAAACUAAUUUAAUCUUUUCUUGAAUAACUACUGAUUAGUUCAUUAUAAGAUCGUUAUAUUACUUUCUAACA